AUGAAGCUUAAUUUUGUUACUGCUUUUGCUACUACAGCUGUAGCAGUAGCAGCAGGAUCUCGAAUGUGGUGCAGCGAUGUGGAGGUUGAUAAAAAUACACUGCCAGACAGAACUGGCUGUCGGUACAAAUUGGAUAAAAUAUACUGUUGCAAUAGUGAAGCUGUCGGCCGACAAGAUGCAACACCUAUAUGGCGAGGGGAUUGCUACAACGCCCUCACGGGAUUUACGGACGAAAUCUACGAGCGAGACUGCCCGAACGGUAAAGAUAUCAGCCAACUAUGCAACAGUGCAGACCAUAGCCAAAACCAUGAAGGACCGAGCGAUUCUUUCUGUGGAGAGAAGAGGAAUCAAGGGAUAGGAAAGCAGUAUGAGGCAGCUGAACAACGCUCACGCUCAAGGCAGGAUAUCAGAACGAAAGUGUGA